AACACCAACCGCGAAUCCCGGGGCCAGAGUGGAACACUAGAGAAAAAUUUCCCAGUAGAGAGAGAGAUUUGUUAGCGGAAAAGUCGUGAGUCGAUAUCAGGACAAAAGUUUAGCGACGUGUUAAAGUGAAGUCUGCGAGCACUGUCAAUUAUACUCAUCAGCCAGCGAUAGGUGACGGGACUUUGCAUACUUUGGCACUUAGAUAAAUAUUCGUGAUUUUGCUCGUCUUGUGACAUUCACGAGAUUAGCGUAAUCGAAGAUGUCAGUAUUGAAUCAAAGCGGUGAGGAUGCGGUGGAGUGCCCUCUGUGUAUGGAGCCGUUGGAGGUGGACGAUCUGAAUUUCUUCCCGUGCACCUGCGGAUAUCAGAUAUGCCGGUUUUGUUGGCACAGAAUUCGUACCGACGAGAACGGUUUGUGUCCCGCAUGUCGAAAGGCCUACUCUGAAAAUCCGGCUGACUUUAAACCCCUUACCAAGGAAGAAAUAGCAAGAUUAAAAGCUGAGAAGAGGUUGAAGGAUCAACAACGGAAGCAGAGAGUUACAGAAAAUCGGAAACAUCUAGCAAAUGUGAGAGUAGUACAAAAAAAUUUAGUGUUUGUAGUAGGAUUACCAAUGCGGCUGGCAGAUGCUGAUGUUUUAAAGAAACACGAAUAUUUUGGGAAAUUUGGGAAGAUACACAAAGUCGUAAUUAACCAGAGUACUUCCUAUGCAGGGUCUCAAGGCCCCAGUGCUUCGGCUUAUGUUACUUAUCAACGUCAAGAGGAUGCGCUACGUGCUAUAGAGGCUGUGAAUAACAUUGUUGUGGAUGGACGGACAAUAAAAACAUCAUUAGGAACGACAAAGUAUUGUUCGCAUUUUAUGCGUAACCAAGCCUGUCCGAAGCCAGAUUGCAUGUACCUGCACGAUCUUGGGGACCAGGAGGCAUCGUUUACGAAGGAGGAGAUGCAUCAAGGAAAACAUCAGGAGUACGAGCGCAAGCUUGUGCAAUCGUUACAUGCACACGCGUCUUCAAUUCAACGGAAACCGACACCAUCACCACCUGUAACGGGCAGUAUUGUUAGGGAAAGUGGAACUGUAAAUUCGCAAACUAAAGAGGCAUGGCCAUCGUUGCAGCCAGGACAGACAAAUAGUACACAAAGCAGUUGUAAAGAAAUAUCACCACCUACGCAAACAACUUCACAGCACAGUAAUAUAACAAGCGGAAACGGCACGGUAGCUCAACAAAGUCACAUGUCCUCCGGGGUGUCUAUGCAUCAACAAAACAACAACAACAAUAAGGAUGAAAGUGGUGUGGGUGUGCGACGGGGUAAAAGUAAUAGCGAAAGUAAAGCACAGGCAGCUCGGAACAAACAUAAAAAUAGUCAAAAUAAAGAGAAGCACGGUACUCGUACGACAUCGCGAUCUGAAUCAAGCUCAAUCAACACGCAAAAUAGUUCACAGUCGCAAAUUACCGGACAAAAGGACGUUAGAAACUUUUCCGCUGAUACGAACAGUGAAAUGUUGCAAAAAUUGGGUAACAAGUGUAAAAUGGAACAGCAGCAACAGCAGCCACAGUCACAACAAAUUAGCAACAAGACAUCAAAAUUAGUUCAAUUACAGCCUCACGAAGUUAAUGUAAAUGGUGCAUUUCAAAACGGGGAACGUCGGCAUUCGGACAGUGAAACGGAUCAACAGCGCGAGGGUAGCACGCCAGCGAGUACGAUCUCGAGCACGGAAGACUCGAAUGUUAAUCACCAAGCCGAGCACUUAGCUGAAUCAAGCGAGGAAAAUAGUGGUGCUGUUCUUUUGGGUUCGUCUCCAGCUAGCACAAAUUCAUCACAAGGUGCCAAUCAAUUACCACCACCAGGACUACACAAUGGAUCUCAAAUGCAACUCAACCAUCGGUCGAUCUUUCAGGCGGACAAUAACAGUUUUUUCAGUUCAAAUACCUUCCAGAAAAUACCAACUACAACCUCGAUACCACCAAAUUCCCUCGCAGCAAACACAAAUCUAGAUUGGACGAGCACGGGAGUGGCUACGAUACCCGAUUCCUUACCGACAGUUCAUUCUAGCGAAGAUUGGCAAGCUGCUUUUGGCUUUCAGCCUGAAUCGUCUCGAACGAAUCACAUUAUAGUAAAAUCCAGUUCAACCGAUACGUCGAGAGUACCAUUCAAUUCCGAAGGUUUUGCAGAUGAAGAGGUUUAUAUAAAUGCACCUUACACCGCUGCACUCACAGAACCAUCAUCUAGUACCUUUACAUCUAAUUUACUUGUAAAUUCAUCCGCAUCUAAGUUUAUGGCAGAUUAUCAACAGAAUUCAUUACAACAAAGGCUUAAUAUACAGGCGCAGCAAACUCAAGAAAAUUGUGAGUACAUAAAACAGAACGGCCACGCUACAAUGGAAGAAGUUCGGAAUCAUUGUGACGCAGGAUCGGAAGUGAAAGCAGACGACGAUUUAGGUUUUGAUCCUUUCCACGAAACGCAGAAAGCAUUAGCAGAACUUUUAGCAGAAGAUGAAAUGCAAGUGCAGCAACAGAAGAUGUUCCACCAACAACAGCAAAGAGAACGAGAGGAGCAAACUAGGGUACAGCAUCAACAAACUCUCGCUAGCCUUAAUCAACAACACUUUCCACAAGUUGCUCACAUAGCACAUUUGCAGCAACAAGCCCAGCACUUGCAAAAUCUACAGGUGCUUCAGUCGCAUUCCCUCCUGUCCCGUCUUCCGCAAAAUCUGUUACCAAGCGGCGCACAGAGCCCUGCACAGGGUACUGUAACAGCUACCACCUUAGGACAACGCAGUCGACUCCCGCCACCUGGUUUUCCUGGUUCUACGCCAAAUCACAUGAACUCAUUCGGUCUCGGUAUACCGCGACCAGCACCAACGAAUAGUGCCCUCUCUGGAGCGCAGCCACCUCAACCACAGAGUGCGUACCUUCCAAAUGGAAGUCCGCUUCUCAACACGCAAAGCAUCGGCAAGUGCACGGGCGACGUUUACACCCUGAAAGAUUGGUGCGAAAUUAAUAAUCAACAGCAACAGUUUCACCAUCAAGCGUUACAUCAGAAAGGAUGGAACAAUUUCGGACCUAUCGCAGAUUGGACUUCGAUUGAUCCGGCUAUAGUCACAUCAUCUAGACCUCUUCCAUUCCAAACUACCAACGCUUGGCAGUUUUCUCACAUUCAUCCUUCUCAUGUUGUAACUCAUAACACGCAACAGGAACAGAACACACCUACUCAGCAUUGGGCGAUGCAACCACCUCCUGGUUUUGCUGCACCCUCAACUACAGGACAAUUAAAUAAUCCGCAGCCGAGCACGACCGCACAACCGCACACCAAGCUCAUCUCUGCAGGAUCGGAAAUCGAAAGUAAGUUGAUCGCGAUCAAGCUCCGUGCAAACUAAUAAAAAGAAAAAGAAAAAUACCUUAUAAUGCGCGGUAUCGAGAUAUAUAGGCCGUCUAUAUUGCAGACCUAUAAGUCUAAUGCGUGAGGCGAACGAGUCGAGGCGUCAUAAUGUUUCCGGACGUGGCAAGAUCAAAUCCAGCAAAUGAAAAACAAAAAAAAAGCGACAGUCGAUAAUGUACGUUUUCCUAACGCUUCUUUAUCUUAACGUUUUAUUUCAAAUCUCCAUUUAUUUGUGCGAGUAUUUACUCGAAUGAAAUAUCGGAAUAAAAUAUGAGUUUCCUCGAUGUAAGUGAAGAUUGUACGUCUCAAUACAUCUUCCUCAUGAUAUUAUCAUUUCUGAAUUAUAGCAAAAUUUAUCAUAUUUAAGUCUGACUAUCGUUAUAAGCGAAGUGUUAUGUAGGAUAUGAAAUAUUAAACGGAUAAAUGAUUAAAAUAAUGAAAACAGAAUGAUCACGAUAUUUGCAAGUACAUUUCCUUUUUUGAAUUUUUAUAAUUAAA